AUGGAAUCGCGUGCCUUACUCGAAAACGCAUCUGACCUCUCAUACGAGGACCAGAGUUUUGUCUCUCGAUUCGGACGCGGUCCAAUAGUUCCCGUCUCUCAUGGCACUGCGCAUGAAGCAUUUGAGAGUAUCGUGGAUGUUUAUCCCGGUAUCGUGGCUGCUAUACAUGGAUCCAACAGUAUCACAUACCUACAAUUGGAUCUUGCUGCCAAUCGUCUGGCACAUUACCUCAUUGCAUCAGGGCUCCGACUAAGACAACGAGUAUGUGUUGUAGUGCAACGAUCGAUAGGGAUGCUUAUCGGAUUCUUUGCUAUAAUGAAGGCAGGCUGCCAGUACGUUCCGAUCGAUGGUGGCGUGGCUACUAACGAAGCUUUGCGACAUAUUUUCGAGGACACAGAAGCCCGAUUCAUUCUGUCUUUACCCCCAUACUGGGAUAGAGUCAAGCAAUUUGCGAGUCACGAUGCUAUAGUCCUCGAACUAGGCAUGAACACAGGAGCAUUCUACUCUCCUCUCAGACCAGGCAUCCAGGUCACGUCGAGAAGUACUGGUGUACCUAAGGGUGUAGACGUCAAACAUGGCACCAAAACUAACGCUCUCCUUUCAGAGCCAGGUCGGUUGAGGAUAACCGUUGGCUCAAAAGUCGGGCAGAUGUUGAGUAUCUCUUUCGCAAUGGGGGCAUGGGAGAUGCUGGGUUGCUUGAUGAAUGGAGGAACAUUGUAUCUUCGAGAAUCUGACUGGGAUGCAACACUGAAACAGAUCGACACCUUGAUAUGCACUCCUUCCAUUCUCUCAAGGCACGAACAACAACGCUAUUUGAACAUCGAGACGGUCGCUGUAGCAGGGGAAGCAUGCCCACAAGCAUCUUUCUGGAAUCUACUUGGUUCGACGGAAACGUUCUUACUUUCUCCGCAAAAGCAUGUCGUAGGCAAGCCUUUGUCUAUCGUUCGUCCUCUGCCCAAUACCUCUUCCUACGUGCUCGAACACGCUGGUAGACUCGCGCCCGUCGGCCAGAAGGGCACACUCUGGGUUGGCGGUGCUGGUGUGGCGAAAGGCUACAUCAACCUACCUCUGACGACAGCAAAGAAAUUUCAACCAGACAAAUUCACAGAUGACGGCUCCAAGAUGUACGAUUUCGGGAACAUCGUGUGCUGGAGACCAGAUGGCACUUUGGAUUCUUUGGGUCGAAUGGACGACCAAGUCAAGAUCAAGGGAUUUCGUGUCGAGCUCGAUGGUGUUACUGCUACUCUCGAGCGAUUCGUUGGUAUUACACGAGCUGCCUCUCUCGUUAUAGACGGGAUACUGCACGGAUUCUACGCAUCCUCUGCCUCCGUUAACGAAAAAGAGCUCGAUGACUUCAUCCGAAAGCAGCUUCCUUACUACUCUGUACCUGAGCGGUGGCUGCACCUUGACAACAUUCCACUUAAUCUCAACGGCAAGGUAGACAAGACGCAGCUAAAGAAACUCGCGACAGAAUGCGACAUUCCUAAGGUGGAUGUGAAGCGUAUUGAAUUGAUGCAUACUAGAUCAGACUCAGCUAUCGAUGCUUUGGCGCUGCCCACAAAGGUCGUGGUUCCCCCAAAGCUCAUGCGGACUUCGCCAAAUGCCGAUCUUGGGAAAGCUUUUCCAUUGGAAAGUAUUGAACAUCACUCGUUGGUGGAAAGAGAUGAAUCGCUCAACAAACCAUCCAGGUUACCGGAGCCGAAGGUUCCGGAUGUUACGGCUUGGCUACGGUAUCGUGGUCUCAUCGCGUACCGCUGGUUUCUAUUUCUGAUCGUCUUUGCCAACAUUGGUGUUGCGUGCUGGCUCCUCUACAGAUACGCGGAGAGCGACAAGUACCCGUUGUCAUCUACCGCAACCGCUACAGCGUCGAAUCUCUGUGCCGCGAUUUUGAUACGGUCAGAACCAGUCAUCAAUUUGCUCUUCUUUGUUUUCUCAUCCGCGCCCACCCGAAUACCACUUGGAAUACGAAGGAUAUGCGCAAAUGUGUUCCACAUCGGCGGCAUACAUGUGGGAUGCGCCAUCGCUGCGGUCGUCUGGUUCGUGAUAUUCACGGUCGGUGCUAGCCUCGAGUUGGUGAAAGAUGAGAGAGUUAUCCCAGUAGCUUCGACAAUACUGUCUUAUCUCAUCCUGUUCUUGUUGCUCGCUAUGAGCUCGUUAUCGCAUCCAAUUCUUCGGAAUCGACACCACGACUAUUGGGAGGCCCUGCAUCGCUUUGGUGGGUGGAUGGUGCUCAUCCUCUACUGGGUGCUCGUUGGUCUAUCCACCAGAGAUCGGACCCAGAAACGCAGAUUAUCGACCUCCGAAGCAUAUUUACAGAAUCCGUCGGUUUGGUUGAUCACAGCCGCAACCUGUGCCAUCAUCUUUCCGUGGUUGUUCCUUCGCCGCAUUCCUGUUCGACCUGAGAUCUUAUCCUCGCACGCCAUCCGCCUUCACUUCGACUCGGAAAUAGCACCAGGCAAGGGUGUUCGCCUUGCGCAACACCCACUUCGCGACUGGCAUGGCUUUGCUACUAUCACGAACGCACCUAACGGGAAGGGCUACUCUGUCAUCAUCAGUCGAGCCGGAGACUUCACAGGCCACCUCAUCGAUACCGCGCCGACACACAUCUGGAGACGCGGUAUCCCCACGUCAGGUGUCUUGCGCAUCGCAACAUUGUUCAAAAGUGUUGUUGUAGUAGCCACGGGCUCCGGCAUCGGCCCAUGCCUCUCCAUCUCUCCCUACCGUCACGUCACCAUGCGCAUCCUUUGGACUGCACCCAAUCACGAGAUUACAUUUGGGAAAGCUAUCGUUGAUGCUGUCCGUGGAAGAGAUCCAAGGGCUCUGCUUUACAACACCCGAACGUCCGGCAAACCUGACAUGAGCCUAUUAACGUACAGGCUCUACAAGGAGAGUGAUGCAGAAGCGAUCCUGGUCAUCAGUAACAAGCGGUUCACGCAGCAGAUUGUGUUCGAUAUGGAGAAGCGGGGAAUUCCGGCUUACGGCGCCAUCUUCGAUUCUUGA